AGAGGAAAGCAAACAUGAUCCCGUCCACCGGUAAGAUUGAUCGGCUGCUGGUCGAGCUACGGCCACGGUUACAAUGCGCCAACUUUUUCAUUUCGUUUCCACGCAAAUUUGCUGACAUCGAAUCGACCACCAUCGAGCUGGCCACCGAUCGAAUAACGAUUGUUAUGAAGGGUGAGCGUGAACGGUACGAAAUCCGUACCGGUGACUACUUCCAACUUCAUACCCAAACACUCAGCUCGCUCGUAAUUAAGAAUCGGUACAUCUGCUUCCGAGUAAACACCAACGAGAGUGUGUUCGGUUCCGAACGACUCUCGACUGGUCAGACACUGCAGGACGAAGAGUCCUUACGAUUAACGUGCAAUGUAGAGACUUGCAAAUCAUAUCGCGUCCUUUGCAACAACUGUGGUGGACCACUUACUGAUCAGUCAUCAUCCGACCAAGAUGGGAAAGGAAUUUCGUUCAAUCGCGUACUGGAGCUACCCUCCGAGCAGCUAGACACAGACGAUUGGUUCUGCCAUCGACACGAUCAUCAGCCAAGCUAUGGGCCACAGCCGGAAGCUGCCUGUCAGGGCGAAUCUUCCACCCAACUCAGCACGAAAUUCGAACCACAGCAGCAAGACCUUUUCUACGGCACCUUUUACGCACUGCUGCAUCGUUCCGUGCUGCAGCGAGUUCAUAUCCGCAACGAACGGUUCGUGUACUGUAAGCGAUGCCUUCAAUAUCUAGGCACAACGCGAAAAAAUCGAUCCUCGGUAAAGCUUUGGUACGAAAAUGUGCGCUUUCAACCGGAACGAUCGAUACCAUUGGCAUUGUUUCGAGAGGAUGAUGCAUUGGAGCUGUUUCACCAUCUCGUACGUAAGACGGUGCGUGAAUUCAACUUCGUCACACAUCUUGGUCUGCCACCGUCCAUAAAGCUGAUGUUUGAGCUGCGUCGUCCCGGUAUGGAAGGGGACGUGUUUUAUCUGCUGAUGCAAAUCAUGGACUGUCAGCUUAGCGUGUUUCGUGCGAAACAGAAACGUACCGGAUCUGGAUCGUCCGAAUCGUGCUCGGAUGAUGUGGACGAUGAUAGAGGUAGAAAGGAGGAAUCGGAAAUUGAACGCUCUCAGGAUCGAACCGGUGCGGCGGAAGCGGAUGACGACGAUGACGAUGAUGAUGAUGUGUUUAUAGACAAUUCGUACCGUAAGCAUACGAUCAAGCUGGAACGGCACUGUGCCAUGAAGCUAAUGUAUCAGUACGAAAAGUAUGACGAGCAGCCGCUGUUUGUCUUUUGGCGAGAGGACAAUAACGUUGUCAAUCUGGAGCUUUCCGAACCGAUGUUCAGUGCGGCAGUACGAUAUUUGGACGCCAAUUCCAGCUACGUGCCGGAAUGUUAUCGCGUGAAUUUAGGAUUUAGCAUGAGCUAUCUGGAUAUUUCUUAAAAC